CACAGCUGUGAAAGAUGGAGGUGGGGAAGAGUCCGCGGCUGCCCCGUGCCGCCGUCCGCCUCCUCCUCCUCGUCCUGUGCGCUCUUUCGCGUCGCAAUCUGGCCUUAAACCUCAACGGGGAUAAUGUUACGUUCUACUCCGGACCCGAAGGGAGUUAUUUUGGAUUUUCCCUGGAUUUUUAUCAGUUCGGCAACAAAUCCAUCAGCGUGGUGGUCGGGGCUCCGAAGGCCAGCACAGAGCAGUACGACGUGACGGAAGGCGGAGCCGUCUUCCUCUGUCCCUGGUCUUCAGAGGGUGGCUCCUGCUAUGACCUGGUCUUUGACACUCGCGGUGACGAAAAACACUUUUACGCCGGUUCGGCCGCAGUCGUGUCGAAAUCGUACCAGUGGUUUGGGGCCAGCGUGCGGGCCGGACAGAACCACAUCUUGGCUUGUGCACCCCUUUACCACUGGAAUGUGAUCGAUGGCCUGGACGAGUCGGGAAUGACACCGGUGGGCAAUUGCAUUCUGCGGGACAUGAACACUGGGAAGCUGGCUAAGUUCUCCCCCUGCAAGGACACCACGAUGGACAAGGUGUAUGAAGACAGGGGUAACUAUGACGACAGACGAUACUGCGAAGCCGGAUUCAGCUCGGACAUUACAAAGGAAGGAAAGAUCCUUCUUGGGGCUCCAGGGGGAUACUUCUUUCAAGGUCAGGUCAUCGCAGCGAGUGUGAACAGCAUCUACAAAAGCAUGGAGUCUAUGGACCCUGUGCAAUUCGUGGAGGGCAUCACCUUCUCGCCGGAGCAGGGCAGCUAUGAUACCUACAGAGGUUACUCGGUGGCCACGGGGGAGUUCACGGGGGACUCCAGCACAGACUACGUCGUCGGCGAUCCGAACGACCGAAACACAGCCGGUUCAGUGAAAAUCUACAACGGAAUGGCGUGGGACUCUUUAAGAGUGUAUCGCACCUUCUUCGGCACGCAGGUUGCCUCAUACUUCGGCCAUGCUGUCGCGGUGACGGACAUCAACAGCGAUGGGCGGGACGACGUGCUGGUGGGAGCGCCUCUCUUCAUGGAGCGCCUGUCCUCCGCGCAGCUCCACGAGGUGGGCCAGGUGUGCGUGUACCUGCAGAGGAAGCGCUCCACCUUCUCCAGCAAGGCGAACCAGAAGCUUCUGGGCGCCGACGUGUACGGGCGCUUCGGGAGCGCCAUCGCCCCCCUGGGAGACAUCGACCAGGACGGCUUCAACGACGUCGCAGUGGGGGCCCCUUUCUCGGGUGACGGGGGCCGGGUGUUCGUCUUCAGGGGUCAAGCCGAGGGGCUGAUGCUCCAGCACUCCCAGGUGCUGCCCAGCCCAUUCCAGGCGCUCGCAGCCCCGGCAGCCUUCGGAUUCACCCUGCGGGGGGGCACCGACAUCGACACCAACGGCUACCCAGAUCUCAUAGUUGGAGCGUGGGGUGCCGACAAGAUUGCGGUGUACAGAGCGCGGGCUGUAGUGCGAGCCAAAGCUCAUAUUUCCCUGGACCCUGACUUCCUGAACCCGGACAUGAAGACCUGUCAGCUUCCAAGAGUCAACAGCGCUGUCUCCUGCUUCACGAUCAAGGUGUGUGUCAGCGUGUCCGGCCACAAAAUCCCACAGCAGAUAGUGCUGGACAGCGAACUCCAGCUAGACAAGAUGAAGCAGAAGACAGCCAGGAGAACCCUUCUCCUGCAGUCCAGUCAGCCUCAGGAGCACUUCUCCCUGACCAUCCAGAGCUCUGCAGGCACGGCCUGCAAAAACCUGACCGCCUACCUACGGCACGAGUCCGAGUUCAAGGACAAGCUGAGCCCCAUUUUCAUCGCCCUCUCCUACAAGCUGGGAGGGUCAUCUGAGGUCGUGCUGCAUGGACAGACAUCUGCGGUGGUGCAGAGCCGAAUCAUCCUGGACUGUGGGGACGACAACGUCUGCGUCCCUGAGUUGAAGCUGGCAGUCAAGGCGGCCAACGACCGUCUCCUCAUCGGGGACGAGAACCCGGUGCUGCUGCUCGUCGAGGCGGAGAACCGUGGGGAGGGGGCCUACGAGACGGAGCUGCACGUCCACCCGCCCGCUCACACACACUACCAGAGUGUGCUGAGCGACAAAGAGGGCUUCAGCCGGCUGGUGUGUGUCCAGAAGAAGAGCAAUGAAACCGUAACCGUGACCUGCGACCUGGGAAACCCCAUGAAGCACGGCCAGAAGCUGCAGGCGGGCCUCUACUUCAGCGUGGGUAACUUGGAAGACGUGGAAAGCCGUGUGUCUUUUCAAAUACAAAUAAAAAGCAAGAACAUUCAGAACCCAAACAGCAACCUCGUCAACUUGCGCAUCAACGUCAGCGCCGUGGCGACUCUGGAAAUGCGCGGGGGCUCCUCCCCCAUGGAGUGCGUCCUGCCCAUCGCCAACUGGAAACCGGUGGAGGAACCCAAGAGCCUGGAGGAAGUGGGCCCGCUUGUGGAACACGUGUACGAACUGAGGAACCUGGGCCCGGCGCGGGUCAACGCCAGGGUGGAGGUGGAGUUUCCCACCUCCCGCCAGGGGGACCUCCUGCUCUACGUGUUCGCCAACGCCUCGGAGGAGUCGCUCACCUGCCGCAGCGACUCCGCCGACAUCGACCCCCUCAGGCUCUUCGAGGAAGAAGACGCCUCGAACGGGACCGCUGCCGUAGUCCAUCGCAUCAACAAGCGGGAGGCCGAGCAGCACGACGCCCAGCCGAAGGAGACGAUCCACGUGAACUGCACAGGUGGAGACACCUGCGUGAGGUUCGUCUGCGAGGCGCGGGACCUGGACAGGGGUGAGAGCGCUGUGGUCAAGGUCAUGUCCAGGUUGUGGGUGCAGACCUUCCUGAAGAGUCCCUAUGUAGGGUUUGUACUCCAUUCCAGGGCUUAUUACAAACUUCUGGGCAUGCCCUCCAAGAUCCAACCAGAGGUCCUCCUUCACGGACAUUCUGAGACCCACACAGCGGUGGUGUGGAGGAGCCCUGAUGGGGAGAAGGAGGUGCCCGUGUGGUGGAUUGUAGUGGCUGUCAUCUCUGGCCUCCUCCUGCUGGCUCUGAUCAUCUUCAUCUUACAGAAGGUCGGGUUCUUCAAGCGUAUGAGGCCCCCGAGCGAGGGAGAGGAUACGUGUGAGCUGCAACCAGAGCAGCUCGAGUACGCAGAGAUGCCGCCGAGCACCGGAACGUGAGAACGCUGCCGGCCCCCCCCCCGCGGGCGUUUGAACUUGGCCCUGAGAGGUGGGCGUCCAUCGUCCUCCUAACGGGACACGACUCAUCCAGCAAAAGGCAGAGCUGAAGCCCUUUGUGAAGAACAACAAUGACAAUGAAAACAACUCGAAUUUAAAAAAAAGGAAAAAUAAAAUGUACAUUAGACGCAUUAUUAGGAACACGGGAAACGUGUUUUAAUUUCACCCCCUUUUCUAAUUGCAGUUCUUUGUGUGCUGUUCUAUUUUUACAGCGUCAUAUAUAUCGAGCAAAGUGCUUUUUGCCUUUUUGGCCUGUAAAUAUUUUUUUUUUUUUGUAAUUCCAUUGCUCCACAUUGCUAUUGCUGCAUCCUACUUUCCACUUGGAAUACCACAGUUACUACAUUCUACUUUACAUUAGACCAUAUUAAAAAAGCGUGUCAAUUUA